ACCGUUCGAACUCGACCGCUGAGGUUGAGGUUCCCAGAAGCAUUUAGAGCAGAGAAGAAACAAAAAAAAGGCAAGAAACGAGAAACAAAAGAAAAAGAUCGUUUUAGAUCAGAAGCUGCUGCCUUAGCGAUGAUUCGAUUGCUUUUUUGAGGGAGAGAAAUUUCCAAUACAGAAGGAUUACAAAGAGCUGGUUAUUUGGCAGCUUUCCAAUACAGGACUAAAGAGUUCGGGGCGUUCUAAGCUUCGUUGCAGGAUAAAAGCUUUCUUUUGCGAUCUAAGGCAAUGGCGCAGGGUAGGAGAAUGAAGGGAACCGUGAAGUGGUUCAGUGGGCAGAAGGGUUUUGGGUUUAUUACUCCCGAAGAAGGGGAAGAUCUGUUUGUUCAUCAGUCCUCGAUCCGAUGCGAUGGGUUCCGGACCCUCUCGGAGGGUGAGGCGGUCGAGUUCGUCAUCGAGCAGAGCGACGAUGGACGGACGAAGGCCGUCGAUGUGUCGGCACCGGGCGGAGGAAACCUUUCGGGAGGAGGUAACGGCGGGAGAGGGUUUUCCGGUGGAAGGGGGAGAGGAGGCAGCUAUGGUAGCGGUGGUGGGUACGGGAGAGGGGGAAGGAGUGGCGGGAGAGGAGGUAGGGGUGGAGGGUAUGGAGGUGGAAGCUAUGGUGGGGGUGGAAGCUACGGUGGAUUUGGCGCGGGUGCUUGUUUCACCUGUGGGCAAGCUGGUCAUCUGGCAAGGGAUUGCAAUCGGGGAAGUGGCGGCGGCGGUUGGAGGUCCGGUGGUGGCGGUGCCGGUGGAUAUUCUGGUGGUGGUGGUGGUGGUGGUGGUGGUAGUUGUUACAACUGUGGGGAGCAAGGGCAUUUUGCAAGGGAGUGCCCCAACGAACAGAAGCGUUUUGAAUGAUCCAGUGCGGUCGUUCUUCUGAUGGGUUUUGGGUUUUGAUAUUAGUACUUUGCUUGUUGUUAUAGUUUUUCUUUUGGAUGUUUUGCAUUUUAUUUGGGACUCAGUGGGAAACGAUGAAUUUGGGUGCAAACGCAGAGAAGAGGGAGAUGGCAUGACCAUAGCGUUCUUUUGUCAAAUUUUACAUCAUUUUGGAUGAUUUUCUUUCUCGUUUUUUUGGUGCUCUCUUUCAGGGUUUAAUGCGGUGGGUAACUGUUUAAAGAAGAUAUAGAUUCUUCCUCUUUAAUCUCUCUCUCUCAUCUGUCUGUUUGUCUAUUUUCUUCUUCAAUAAAUUUACUUCUCUCAUGUGUUUUCUGGGUA